AUGCAUUGGUUACCUUGUUCGCUGUAUAUUUUCCUGGCGGUGGCGGGUCAGUCUGCCGCCGACUGUCUGUCAUAUGGUUACGACUUCGUAGACGGCGGCGGUCCUUACUGUAUCAAUACGACGUCUCCAGAUUUCUUCUCUUUUGGAACCGAGUUCUAUGGCUGUCAGCCAUCUGACAGUCAAGGUGACAUUACACCCAUUCUUAUCGAUCCAAAUGGCGAUGAAUACUUCUGCUCCGACAUUCCCACCCAGCCUGACGGCUCUGACAUUGUGUCAACAUGCAACGUGCCUGGGGAUGAGUUGACCAAAUCGAGCAUGUGGUCCGGUAACUGGAUAGUGAUCAUCGAAGGGUUGACCUUCGCCUGGAUGAGAACCUUCUCUGUCGUCGCCGGGCCGCCGGUGGUGGUCACUUCCACUCCUACUGCUACCUUCACGGUCACAUCGACGCCGUCCACCACGAUCACGACCACAAUUACCAACGUCUUUUCGACGACCUUGCCACCCUCGACAACAACUGUGCCGUCGACGACUUCCACGCGAACCAUUACCACCACGCCUUCACAAGUCACGGUAUAUUGGACGUCAACCUCGACACGCACUCGCACCAGCCGAGUUUUUUCUAAAAAGGCCGUGACAACGACUGUGACAACCACUUGCCGGACGCAGCCACCCAAGAGGGAUCCGACCUGCACCAUCCGCCCUUCGAAAGCGUCGCUCGCAGCCAGCAGUGAGACGUUGAGUGCAGUUCCGCGCAUUCGUCGUGGUGAAGGACAACUGUUACGAUCAGGUCAACGCAGCCCCAUCCAAUCGCGAGAUGGCCAGCUCUUCAAACGAGGUCCAGAUCUGUGCACAACGACCUACCUGCAGACUACACUCGUGGUUUCGUCAUACACGACUGUUACAGCUCCAACCAGUACAGAAAUUGACACUGAGAAUGCCACCACCACCUCCACCAUCACACCACCAGUUGUGACCGCAUAUUCUGGCAAGGCCAGGACUACUACGACGGUCACGGCGCCAACUCCUACACGCACUCGCACUAGCAGGGUGUAUGAAACUGUCUGGACCACGAAGACCAUUUGGGCAACAAUUACCUCGACUGUCAAGACGUCGCCGCCCGGGGUGGUGUGUGCGACCACUGCGGGUCACUGA